UCUUCAGACGAAGACAUUCCCAUCAUGGCUGAGUUAUGUGUCAUUCAUUGGCCGUCACUCCCUUUCAUUUUCUCUAUUGGUUUGAUUCUAAAUUCGCAGUCACACAGUUUCCACAAAAGAAAAUUUACCAAUUUUUUGUGCAUACCAAUUUAUCAAUAAAUUGCACUUAAUUCUAAAAAUCAAAACUGGAAAUAAAACGUAGUGAAAUGUGUUAGAAAAGAAGUGGUUUUAAGACCGCGAAAUAAAAUUGCCUGGUUGUGAAGUGUCAGCGAAACUGAAAUUGUGCUGAAGAAUGACGUAAAAACUGAAAAUUUGCCAGAGUCGAAAAUAUAAUUCAAUUUUAUUGUAAUUAAGCAACGCCUUACAUAUGUAUGUAUAUGACUGUUAAGUAUUCGGAGUAUAGGAUAUAUUAAGAUUACAAAAUGAGUAAGCCAGAAACAGAUUCCGAUAGUUCGGAAGAAUUUUUCGAUGCUGAAGAUUCAACGCCCAAUCGCCUUUCUACCCUAAGUCGCAAAUGCAAGUUAUCACUUGAAAGUACGCAAACGCAAGAUGGAUUUAUUUUUCCAGAUCCGGCUGUGCGUGUUAACCCCUCAUCCGAUAGCGAUGCGACUCCGAUAGGAGGUGGUACGCCAGCCACUAGUAGUCCAACCAGUAGUCUUAGCUUGGGUGCUCGCGGACCCAAGCCGGACAUGUUUGUCGAACCGAAACCUGUCCAGGUAAGAAAGUAGCUAAAAUUCAAUCUAACAUUUCGUUAAUGUUUUAUAAUUUAUGGCACUAUAAUCAUAAUUAAAUUUAUAUGUAGCUGUUUGCACGGAAGUUUAUUGACCUGUUUAAUAGUAUAUUAAGUGGUUUUUGUAAUAAACAACAAAAUUUUUUAAAGUAUUUGCGCCUAACUUCUACGAGAAAGUCCAUUAACUAAAUAUUAAUAUCAGUAUGUAAAUCAGUUGUUCGCUCAAACGCUUUCGAUUUCACUUCAAAACCUUUUUAGGAGACUUGCUGUUAGCUAUGUACAUACAUAUGUACAAAUGCGCCUAGAGCAUAUAGAAGCAAUCCUUCGUGAAAAAGAAAAUUAAAAAAAAAAUCUCGCUAACUUUUUUUUGGGAAAUUAGUAUACUUACAUUACUAUUAAGUACACUUGCUUAAUAAGCCGCAGGUGUUCACAAUUUAACUCUGCAUAAUUUUGGUUUAAAAUUAGAACUGCUCAGUUUACACCAAAUUUAUGGAGUGCGAAAAGAUAAUGCCCAUAUACAUAUGUUAUGUUUACAUACAUAGGCAUUUAUUUAUUUAAUCUUUACACUAAACAUACGUAUGAACCUACAGUUUACAUUAUAUUAACCCAAAUACCCACGUCAAUAGUCGGUCGGUAAUUUAACUUAAUUUAAUUAAGUUAACUCUGCAUAAUUUUGGUUUAAAAUUAGAACUGCUCAGUUUACACCAAAUUUAUGGAUGGCUUAAAAGAUAUUACCCAUAUACAUAUGUUUACAUACAUAGGCAUUUAUUUUUUCAAUCUUCACGCUAAACAUACGUAUGAACCUACAGUUUACAUUGUAUUAACCUAAAUACCCACGUAAAGACUCGGCCGGUAAUUUUAUCUCUUAUAUGUAUAAAACACAUACAUAUCGUCGUUUAAAGUACAAAACCGUGUAUCAACAAAAUGCAAAAUCGCGU